CCUCGCGUUAUCUGCCAUUGCAGGAACAAGCGGAAGUUGUGGUGGCAGUGUGACUACGGAGACCAGAAUGGAAAGUUGUGAAACUAGUUCGAAGACAGAUUAUACAGCGUAUUCAAAGAGAUGGCUCAUACUUCUCAUAUACUUUUAUUUCGCUGUGAUGUCUGCAUUCCAGUGGUACCAGUAUUCCUCCAUAACAAAUAUUAUAGUUCGUUAUUAUAGUGUCGACAAUUUUUACGUAAACUGCACAACUUUAAUGUUCAACGUUACUUUCAUUGCAUUAGUGUUUCCAGCGUCUUACUUGUUGAAUAAAGUGAUAUUUGUUCUCCCAGGGUAUGAGGUGGUCUGUCAUCCUGGGAACAUUCUUCACAGCAGCUGGGGCAUUAGUCAAGGUGGCUUCUGUCAAACCUGGCCUAUUCUGGGUAACUUUUCUGGGACAGACCCUGGUUUCCUUCACACAAGCCGUUGCUAUGCCGAUGCCUCCUUUCAUGCCUGCCGUUUGGUUUCCUUCCAAUCAAGUCAAUACCGCCUGCUCAAUAGCUGUGAAUGGUACGAUGCUCGGCAUUGCCCUCGGAUUCGUCGUACCUCCGAUCAUGGUGCAAAACCACGACAACCUCGAGGAAGUGGGGGCUGGGCUUGCAACAAUGUUCUAUUGGACAGCCGGCCUGUCCACAGGAUCCUUCAUUCUUGCUAUUCUGUUUUUAGAGUCAAUGCCUGCUACGCCGCCAAGCCAUGAGCAAGCCCUCAAGGACAGCGCCUGUGCUCCGCUGGUGAAGAUCUUAAAGAAUCUGUUUCUGAACCCAUGUUACGUCCUCUUGCUCAUUGCUUAUGCCAUUAACCAGGGAGUUGUUAACUCCAUGUCAACGUUUCUCAACCAAAUGAUUCUUCCGUAUUUUAAGAACGGUGAAGAAUUCGCUGGUCGCAUUGGACUGACACUUACAGUCGCGGGAAUGAUGGGUACUACUCUGUGCGGUAUAAUAAUGGACAGAACAUUGAAGUACAUAAAUGCUGCAAUGUCCGUGUUCGCAUUAACUGUGGUGGGCAUGAUCGCCUUCACAUUUUCGUUAAAAACACAGUCCGAGAUUUUUGUUUACCUUGCAACUUCUUUUGUGGGGUUCUUCUUGGGAGGAUACGUCCCUAUAGCAUAUAGCUUUUCAUAUGAAGUAACUUAUCCAGAACCCGAGGGGACUUCUAGCGGUAUGCUGUCUGCAGCUGCCCAAAUUGUAACUACAAUCUUUACGCUGUUGUAUGCAGCCAUGAUUUCGUCUUUGGGCAAUGUAUGGGCCAAUAUUGCAUUCAGCUUAAUUCUUCUAAUUGGCACAAUUAUCCACCUCUUUAUGCAACCCACCUUACGGAGACAGGCAGCUUAUGAGAACGUAGUGUCCAUCAAUGAACCACUGUUACGGUAGGACAUGGAUUCUACAUCGCCAGAUAUCCCAGCACAAUACACAAACAAAUCACUUCUCGUAGGGAGGUUUAAUGUUUCGCCAGUUAUUAUAAUCAUAAGUCAGUCUCAUUUUCCUAAGCCAAGUUGCUCAGUGUCCCCAACAGAAAAUCCCAGCAUAAGAAUUCUUAUCGCUACGAUAUUACAGACAAGUGAAAAUGUUACAGCCUUUGCCCAAAGAAAAUAUAGAGCCAACACUUUGGCAGAUUUUUUUAAAGGUUUGUGUGGCAAGAAUUAUGAGUUAGUUAUAACCUCGGCACUAGAUGGAGGAAACUGGUUAGCGUCAUAACCCGGCCGCUUUACUCCCGGGGAAGGGACCCCUGGUACAAAUUGGACAGGAGGCUGAGUGGGCGACAGAACCGGUCUGGACAUAGAGGCUACAAGAAAAAUCCUCUGCCCCGAAAGGGAAUCGAACCCCAGUUGUCGUCAGUUACAAUACUGACCGAGGGUAAUUAACGACCGAGCUAAUGGCAUGCCAACUCUGGGAUUUUACUAGUAAUGUUAGUACAGAAGUAUUGAGAAAAUGUCUGUAUGUGAAAUCAUUGGUGAUAAAACACUGUAGUAAAUGUUCUUGAAAUAAAAUACUUGCACAAU